UAGCGCUGCGACUGGUAUAGAUGCCAUGGUUCAUGCUAUAGAGGCAUAUACAUCAAAAUUUCAAAAAAAUAUGUUAUCUGACACAUUAGCAAGGGAAGCUUUGAAACUACUCUCUCAAAAUAUAAGACGGGUAGUAGAGGAUGGAAAUGACCGAGAUGCCCGAAUGAGUAUGUUACUGGGCAGUUUAUUGGCUGGUAUGGCGUUUACCAAUUCCCCCUGUGCAGCUGUGCAUGCCCUGGCUUAUCCAAUAGGAUCUCAUUUCCAUGUUCCACAUGGUCUUUCAAACUCACUUAUGCUACCUCAUGUUCUCAGGUUUAAUAGAGAACAUGCGGCUGCUGCUGAAAUGUACAAAGAGUUGACACCUUUAGUGUUUCCAACGCUUUCUGCAGUUCAAGGCACAGAUGUAAAUGUUAUGGCUGAUGGAUUUUACCAGCUCGCCUUGGAUCUACAGAUACCAACUCGACUUCCUGAAGUUGGAAUACAAUCAAAGGAUCUUCAUCUACUUGCUACACAGGCAAUGAAGGUUGAUCGGUUGAUGCCAAAUAAUCCAAGAGAAGUUAAAUUCGAGGAUGCAUUAGAACUUUACUCACAAGCAUACAACUGUUAAAAAACAUUUAUGUGUAAAAAAAAUGUAAUUUACCGAAAAAAAAUGUUUUGUUAAAAACAUUCCAACAAAAGUGGAAAACGAGUUUUCAAGAUAAACCAAGCUGUUUUUGUAAUAUUCAUUCCUCCAUUGAUUACAAAUUACAAAUUCUCCCCAAAAAUCAAAAAUAAACAUCAUUUGAUUAUGUUUUAUAUUUAAUUUGUUUGAAAAAUAAGUUUUCCUUGCGACACAUGGUUGGAGGACUUGUAACGAAUGAGAGAUGAGUUUUCUCCACCAUAGUUAUCUUUAUAAAAAAUACCAGGAUUUUAUCUUUAUGUCAAGGUUUUAAAGAAAUAAAAAGUACAACGUAA